GUGGGCGUUCAGGGCCAGCAGACUAAAUGGAGAAAGAUGCAGGGGUAGACAAGGUACACCACGCAUAGAGACCUCAAGCGAGCUGACAGGUUUGCCGGCGGAGGCGUGGCUUGGAGCGGAGAGUGGGCGGGACUUGACACUGACCCCGCCCCGGUCCGUUCGUGAAUGGGCUCCGCUGGCUCAGUCCGCACGCAGCGCGGUGUCCGCGCUGCAACUAGUGUAGCAAGCUCUUCUGCGGGCCGGCGGGCCCGGGUGCCGUGGCGACAUGCGUCCGCUGCUUGGCCUCCUCCUGGUCUUCGCCGGCUGUACUUUUGCACUGUACUUGCUGUCCACGCGACUGCCCCGGGGGCCGAGACUGGGCACCGCCGAGGAGCCUGAAGGCAGGUUGCUGUGGUUCCCUUCAGACCUAGCAGAGCUGCGGGAGCUCACCGAGGUCCUUCGAGAGUACCGGAAGGAGCACCAAGCCUAUGUCUUCCUGCUCUUCUGCAGUGCCUACCUCUACAAACAGGGCUUUGCCAUCCCUGGCUCCAGCUUCCUGAAUGUUUUGGCUGGUGCCUUGUUUGGGCCGUGGCUGGGGCUUCUGAUGUGCUGUGUGCUGACCUCAGUGGGCGCCACAUGCUGCUAUCUGCUCUCCAGUAUUUUUGGUAAACAGCUUGUGGUCUCCUACUUUCCUGACAAAGUGGCCCUGCUGCAGAGGAAGGUGGAAGAGAACAGAAACAGCUUGUUCUUCUUCUUACUGUUUUUGAGACUGUUCCCAAUGACACCAAACUGGUUCUUGAACCUUUCUGCCCCGAUUCUGAACAUUCCCAUUGUGCAGUUCUUCUUCUCAGUUCUUAUUGGUUUGAUCCCAUACAAUUUCAUCUGUGUGCAGACAGGCUCCAUCUUGUCAACCCUGACCUCUCUUGAUACUCUCUUCUCCUGGGACACUGUCUUUAAGCUGUUGGCCAUUGCCCUGGUGGCCUUGGUUCCUGGAACACUCAUUAAAAAAUUUAGCCAGAAACACCUGGAAUUGAAUGAAACAACGAGCACUAACCACAUAAAUAGUAGAAAAGACACGUGAUCUGAUUUUCUGUUUCCACAGUGCUGGACUCUACUGUUGAUUUUUGUAAUGGGCAUGGUCCUUUAAAGGCCCUUGUUUUUAAUUGCCCUUACUAGGUGAUAUGGACACUAUUCAUGUGUGUGCAGCAUCUUGCCAAAAAGUGCACUCUGCUUUAAAAGGUGAAUUGUAUAGCAUUCUCAGUCCAGCCCUGGUUUAACAGGAGUCUGAAAUGGAUGGCCUCCUAGAAAACCCCAUUUCUGUUUUAUUUAAUAACAAGGGACUCAGGAUAGUCUGCUGGGUUUGCCUGUUGCCUGCCCCUAGGCUGCCUUGGAAGAAGAUGCUGGUUGGCCUUGUCUAGAGUGCCUCUUGCAAAGUGUCAGGCUGUGUGACAGGUGUCCUGUUAAGUCCCUGUGGAUGUUAUUGUGUCAGUGCUGACUUGUGCACCCACAUCACUUUUCAUCUUGUUAAGUCUUUUGAAAGCGUUUUUUCUGUACUUUCCUGCUGAUGAGCUACCUCUUCCAUAAACCAAGGACAACAAACUGACAGUCUGCUUAGGACUUACACAGAUAGCUCAGAUCCAGUGAUUUCUGUGAUGCUACCAUGUAUGUCAGAUCUUAUGGUUGUAAGUCCUGGCAAGCUGAUUGUAAACAGACCAUUAAAUAUGAAUGGAGAA